UAAACUAAUGAAUGCGCAUUCAGAUUCAGAAGUCUCACACAUGUAUUCAGUACUGUUGUACAUGUAUGCAAAUGUGUAAAUUUAGUGACUUGUGUUUGAAAGAAGUGUUUUGUCAAUUUCCUUGCCUAGGACUGCCCUACAGUGGAUUCACAAGUGUAGUGAGAAUGCCAGGAAACACAACUAUUACUAUCUGAAUGAGUCCUCACAUGCUUGGGUUGAGUAUUAUUACAGGAAAAUUUCCUCAGACAGACUUCGUAUAAAUGAAUGGGAGCAAAUGGAUGACAUUGAGUCAAAACGUCCUGAAUCUCCCAUUGGCACCAGCAAAGAAAAAGAACUGAUCAUGAAGCUUAUUCGCCACAAGCUUAGAGAGGUGAUGAUGAGAGUCGAUCUUGAAGAAGUCACCAGUAGACAGUUACGAACCAUGCUUGAAGCAGACACGCAAAUGGAGCUGAAGGAGUACAGGUCAUUUAUUGAUAAAGAGAUGAUAGUGAUUAUGGGACAAAUGGACUCUGCAUCCAAAAUAUUUGACCAUGUUUACCUUGGUUCUGAAUGGAAUGCCUCAAACUUGGAGGAACUCAAGGAAAAUGGAGUUGGGUAUAUUUUGAACAUCACAAGAGAAAUCGACAACUUUUUCCCAGGAACAUUUCAUUAUCACAAUAUCAGAGUUUAUGACUUGGAUGAGACCGAAUUACUUCACCACUGGGAUAACACUUACAGAUUCAUACAGAGAGCUAAGAAUGCAGGCUCAAAAGUUCUCGUCCAUUGUAGGAUGGGCAUCAGCAGAUCGGCAUCAACGGUGAUAGCGUAUGGCAUGAAGGAGUAUGGCUGGUCGUUAGGUGAUACGAUGAAGUACGUCAAAGCACGAAGAAGUGUUGUGCAGCCGAACGCAGGAUUUUGGAAGCAGCUUAUUACGUAUGAAGGAAUUUUGAUUUCGAGCAAACGGCGUGACCAUUGGGCCGAUGUAGAGGUGUCAAACAGCGCCGCAGCUGUAAAGAAGCGGAAAGAAAAAUCUAGUAACUCUGCUGACGAGAAUGACAAGCAUCCCCAGAUGGCUCUUCAUGUAGAAAGCGUGGACACUGUUGAUAAUGUACCGAUAGAAACUGAGUCCUCUUUAAAACUCAAGGAGUCUCCCGACGUCAGUAUCAAAGAACUCGGCGUACUUCGGGCGACUUUGGACAGUACAGGUGAGCUCGUCGAGGGCACUUCGCUGGAAAGGAACGAGACGGAACGUGUGCCCUCGACGAGUUCACCAAUUGGUCCGGACCCAGAGUCGACCGCUGAAUCCAGUAAAGAGGCCCUUGAGGGGCCUAACUAUGUACCACCCAGUUCUCACGCUUCGGAAAUCCCUAUCAAGACUUCGCUACAAAGAGUUAGUUCAGAUCCUACUCUGGCAAAUGAUGACCAAAAGAAGAAAGGAAAGGAUGAGGAAUCUAUCGGAAACUUUCGUAGGUCAUGCUCUUUACGAGAGCGUGGAACAAGGAAAUUACAAGAAUUGCACUCGAAAGCUAGGUCCGCAAGCGACGAAAAUCUCAAGGACUUCGAGCGCAAAAAGAAGCAAAUUCUGGGCUUGGAUGAACCAGAGACGAGCGAUUUGCAGGACGUAAAGAACACUUUUGAAGGUCUCCUACCGAGCGACUUGCAUGGUGUACUUGAAAGCGGAUUUGUCAAACGGUAUUCGAGAAAGUUUGAAGGUGUUGAUGAUGUGCCAGAGCUUGAGGGUAAUGCUGCUUUGACGUCGACGGAAGAAGUACGUGUUGAGUGUGCGCCUGCAGAAGGCGAUAAGAUCCCCGAAGAGGAACAAGACGAGAGUAUGCCAAACGAAGAACCCGAACCGGGCGUUGUAAAGAAGCACAAAGAAGGUUACGAACUGAAGCAUCGGGAGAGUUUGAAAAGGCGGGCGUUGCUUCAGCGAGGCGGUAGUGAUGAAAGGAAAAGCGCGAAACAAGAAGGAGACGAAGUCGAAGGCUCUCUUGCUGUUGAUGCUGAUUCAGAGUCAGUGCAAACCGCAGGAGAAUUGGGAGACGAGCUUAGAGGUGUUAACGUCGUAGCGCUUGUUAAAAGGGUUAACGAGGAUAUGAAGAAGGAAGUAAAUAUUCGGAGAAUAUCUGCUUCGAAGAAAGAACAAGAUCUGCGAGCAUAUGUUGAAAAAGCAGGGGAACGAAUGAAGAACGCUCUGGUUAAUGACGAAGACGGAACCUUGCCGAAAGAUAAGAGCACUGUGUCUAAUGAGGUAGAUUCUGAACAAAUCAGUGAAGAGUCUUUUACUGGGAAAAUCAAACGAAACACUCGUGUCUUUGUACUUGAGGAAGACUCGCGGGAUUUACCGUCAAACGAUUCGCAGUUAACAGGAACAUUGGAGAGCAGGCAACCGGUUGUAUUGAAGCCGUCUGUUGCGCACAAUGUGAGUGCUAGCGUAGAAUCCGUUAUUGAAGGGAAGCUACAACCUUUGGGCCAAGAGGAGUUAGAGAAAGGAACUGGCGACCAGCAGGCCAGAGAAGUCAAUCAAGAAGUAGGUUUAUCUGUAUCAAAGGGGAAAACAAGGAGCGCGGACGCCUAUACGGAGCAGGAAAAUCGUACUAUUUCACAAGAUGGCACAGAGCCUUCAGAGAUUACUAUACAGCAAGCAGUAACGUCUGAAUUGCUAGAGGACAAAAAAGACGAACAGAGUGAACAAAAUUCAGAAAACAUUCUUCAGAAAGGUCUAGUGAAACGACACAAGCUGUUAAUUGAAGGAAAGCUGCAGCCGUUGGAUCAAGAGAUUGAAAAAAGUGUCGAGAGACCAGAUGGACAAGAAAGCCAUUUUGCAGUCGGUCAGAAAGGAUCUUCAUCUCUUUCAGAAGGUGAAACGGACAGUGCGGCCCUCCAUACAGAACGGACAGAGGUGAAUGUCGUACAAAAUAUGAAUUCUGGUAUGGAG